AUGCCUGAAGAGCCACAGGAACUUAUUGACAUGGUUGCCAACAACCAGUACAUGUACACUUCUGAAAGGAACCCUGUGAACAAUGGGGCAGCUCAGAAGAGAGGUGUCUUAGAAGUACACACCUUAGAUGCCAUCUUAGCUCAGAACAAGCUCAUGUCCCAGCAGAUCAAUAUGAUCUCUCAACACUUGAGAGGGACACAGAGCUCAAAUGUUUACUAUCCCGAAACAGCGUAUGAAACAGACGCUAAGGAGCCUACUAUUGAGGACCUUAAGAAAAUCAAAGCUCAUGAGGAGACUGAUAACGUCAUCUUGCAUGCCCCUUUACUGGAAGAGGAACAUGAGGAAUGCACCUCUUUUGACGAGUAUGAGGAGUCUAAGGAAGAGCAAAUUGCUCAGUUCCUGGCAAUCCUCAGGAAGCUACAGGCCAACUCUUCUCAUACAGAGGUGUUGGAGGAGGAAGUUGAGCCUGUCGUACUGGCUAAGGAGUGUAAUGCCUUGGUCCAAAAGAAGCUCCCUCAAAAGCUACUGGAUCCUGGAAGCUUCCUGAUUCCCUGUACUAUAGGGACCAUCACCUUUGAGAAGGCACUAUGUGACCUUGGCUCAAGCAUCAACCUGAUGCCAUAA